ACACACACACAGGAGAGAGAGCAGUCUAGCGCCCACCUCCCUCCUCUACACACAUACACACACAUCCUGGUCAUAAUAUUUCGCUUCUCCUCCUCCAUUCCCUUCCUUUACUUUUUCCCUUACUCUCCUUCCCUCGGUUAUCCAUUUCUUCCCCAUUUCUUCAUUUACAUACAAUAACUUUCUUGGUGAGUGUUUUUUUUGUGUGUUGUUUUGAUUUUGAAAGCCACUCUUCCGCAUCACAAGGCAUAGUUUACACCUGGAUGGAAGCUAAGGUAAGAAGGUGGAAUGACAGAAAAUAAGUAAAGAAAAGAAUAACAACGAAGAAUUAGAAAACGAAAGAGUAAAGAAAAAGGAAUAGAGAGAAGAAGAAAAAAGGAGGAAGAAGAAAGGAAGAAGACAAGAAAAACAAAAAAGAUAAGGAUAAGAGGGAAGAAGAAAUAACCAUAAGAGAAGGAGUAAGGAAGAAAGAAUAAACAAGAGGGAAAAAAGAAGGAAGAAGAAGAAAAGGAAGAAGAGGAGGUCAAAGAUGGGUAACAAGAACACAAGCUUCACGGAGGAGGAGCUGGAGGACUAUGAGGACCUGACCUACCUCACACGGAAGGAGAUUCUGCUAGCCUGGGACAAGUGGCGGGGGCUGGUGGGAGGCAGCGGGGUCGUGGACAGAGUGACCCGCUAUCCCGAGGCGAGGGUUCAGAAGCUGCCGGAGUUACAGCACAACCCUUUCCGCGAGCGUAUCACCCGGGUCUUCUCCUCCCUGAAGGACUCUCACCUAAGCUUCGAGGACUUCCUGGACCUGCUCUCCGUCAUGAGCAGCAAGGCGCCCCUGCAGCUCAAGGCUCAUUACGCCUUCCACAUCUUCGACUAUAACGAAGACCAGAUCCUUGACAGCGAGGACCUGGACGUGGUUGUGGAGCGGUUGACGGGGGAACAAGGACUGCUGCCGGAGGAGAAGAAGAAGCUGGUGGAGAGGCUCCUGGAGGACACGGAUCUGGACGGCGGCGGCAUCUCGGAGGAGGAGUUCAAACACCUGCUGACCAAGUGCCCGGACUUCAUCCACUCCUUCAGGUUCUCCGUGUGAGGAGGAGGAGGAGGAGGAGGAGGAGGAAGUGUUGGUGAUAAAGGGAAUUAAGGAAGAGAAGAAAGAGGAGAAGGUAGUGAUAAAAGUGAUACAAGAAGAUGAUAAGAUAAGUAAUAUGAGAAGGAAGAGAACGAGGAGGAGGAGGAGGAGAAGGAGGAGGAGGAGAAGGAGGAGGGAGUGAUAUUGGUGAUAUAAAACGAUUAGAAGAGGAAGAACAGGAGGAGGAGGAGGAGGAGGAGGAGGAGGAAGAUGACAAGAAAGAGAAGGAGGAGGAAGAGGAAAAGGGUAAUGGUGGUGUUAUGUAGUGAAAUAGAAAUAAUUCAAGAAAGGAGGAGGAGGAGGAGGAGGAGGAAAACUGGAGGAUGACUAUUUGAUAAGGAGAGGAAAAAGGAAGAAAAAACGACAAGGAAGAAGAGGAAGAAAAAGGAAGAAAAGGAAAAGACACAUAUGAUAGACAAAUGAAAAAAAGGAGGAGACAGACAGACAGACAAGACACGGGUGGAAUACAGAGGAGGAGGAGGAGGAGGAGGAGGAGGAGGAGGAGGAAAAGGAAGACGAGAGAGAGGAGGAAGAAGAAAAGGAGAUGGAAAAUGUAAUGAUCACAAAAGUAUCACUAAAAUUAGAGCAAAAAACGAAAAAAAACGAAGAUAAAAAAAUUGAUAGAGGAAAAUAAUUUACCUCAAUAUAAAGACAGAGAGAGAAAGAGAGCGAGAGAAAGAAAGGGAGAGAAAAAAGUCCGCAGUAAAAUAAGACAGAACAAGGAGGAAGAGGAAGAGGAGGAAAAAAAGCAGACAAGUAUGGAGGAAGAGCAAGAAAUAUGGAGGAAAAAAAGUGGAGGAGGAAGAGGAUAUCGGAGAGACAGACAUGGAGAGAAAAGGAGAAAGAGAAAUUGAUAGACAGAAGUAGUAGUAGUAGUAGUAGUAGUAGUAGUAGCAGAAGCAGCAGUAGUAGAAGUAGUAGUAGUAGUAGUAGUAGUAGUAGUAGUAGUAGUAGUAGUAGUAGUAGUAGAGUAAGAGAAUUGAAAAAAAGGACGGAAAAUAAUACGAAACAGAAGAAAAGAAGAGAGGAGGAAGAAGAAGAAGAAAAGGAAGAGGAAAAAAAAAGAAGAAAAGGAGGUAAAAAUAAAAAUAAAAGGAGAUGGAAAAAGAAGAAAAUGUGUGAAAGAAGAAAAAAAAAGGUGGAGAAGAAAGAAAAAGACAAGAAAAAGAAGAAAAGGCGAAGAAGAGGAAGAAGAGGAGGAAGACAACACGUUUUAAACAAGAUGACAGACGGAGAGCGAGAGAAAAGGAAAUGAGGGGAAGAAGAACAAGAACAAGAACAAGAAGGAGGAGGAGGAAGGAAGGGAGACGAGAAAAAGAAGAACAGAAACCGCAAAAAACGAAGAAGAGGAGGAAGAGGAGGAGGAGAAAAGGGGAGAUGAGAGAGAAAUAAUAUUGUCAGAUCAUGUCAUCCCAUUACCUUUCUAGAAGCUACAAGGAGAGAGAGAAUGAGAGAGAAAAAAAGCGAGAGUGAGAGAAGGAAAACGGAGCGACCUUGGUGCCUUGCGGGGAUGACUGACGUAAAAAAAGGCAAAGUGAAAAACCAAUAAAAGUUUAGUGGAGAUGAUGAAAGGGCUUGACGGCGUGGUGGUGAUACGGUCUGGUGGUGCUUGUGUGUGUGUGUGUGUGUGUGUGUGUGUGUGAAGGAGCAUAAAGGAGAAGAAGGAGAAGGAAGAAGAGAAGGAGGAGAGAGAAGUAAACGGUAAUAGAGGAGGAGGAAAACGAGGAAGAAAAGGAAGAAGAGAGAAAAAGAGGAGGAAGAGUGUGUGUGUGUGUGUGUGUGUGUGUGUGUGUGUGUGUGUG